AUGAGCGGGCACUAUAAUCUAAAAGCGUUGAUCAAGGCCAUUAGGUCAUGCAAGACUCUGGCAGAUGAGAGAUCAGUGAUUCAAAAGGAAUCAGCUGCUGUUCGAACCUCCUUCAAAGAAGAAGAUUCUUUCACCAGAUAUAACAAUAUUGCCAAAUUACUUUACAUUCACAUGUUAGGAUAUCCUGCACAUUUCGGUCAAAUAGAAUGUCUGAAAUUGGUAGCUUCACCAAGAUUCGCCGAUAAGAGAUUAGGAUAUCUGGGUAUCAUGUUGUUAUUGGAUGAAAAUCAAGAGGUCUUGACUUUAGUCACUAACAGUUUGAAAAACGAUAUGAAUCACUCCAACAUGUAUGCCGUUGGUUUAGCUCUUUGUACAUUCGCCAAUAUUUCUUCCGAAGAGAUGUCUCGAGAUCUAGCCAAUGAGGUUGAAAAGCUCUUAGGAAGUAGUAAUACAUACAUCAGAAAGAAGGCUGCGUUAUGUGCUUUAAGAAUUAUUCGACGAGUACCUGAUCUAAUGGAUCAUUUCGUCUCCAAAGCGAAAUCCCUUCUUCAAGAUAGGAAUCAUGGUGUUCUCCUUGCUGGAAUCACGCUGAUCACUGAAAUGUGUGAAGGUGAUGAAAGAGUCUGUGACGAGUUCCGCAAAGCAACUGGACUAUUGGUAAAACAUCUCAAAAAUCUAGUCACGACAGGAUACAGUGCGGAACAUGAUGUAUUAGGAAUAACAGAUCCAUUCUUACAAGUGAAAAUAUUGAGAUUACUUCGAUUAUUAGGAAAAGGAGAUCCAACAGCCUCAGAAACAAUGAACGAUAUAUUAGCUCAAGUAGCCACGAAUACGGAUAGCACCAAGAAUGUUGGAAACUCGAUUUUGUACGAAACUGUCUUAACUGUUUUAGAGAUUGAGGCCGAUAGUGGAUUGAGAGUUAUGGCCAUCAAUAUUUUAGGAAAGUUUUUGACUAACCGUGAUAACAAUAUAAGAUACGUCGCUUUGAAUACUUUGAAUAAAGUAGUUGGAAUCGAUACAAACGCUGUUCAAAGACAUCGAAAUACCAUUUUAGAUUGUUUGAGAGAUGGCGAUAUCUCCAUUCGAAGGCGUGCUCUCGAAUUAACUUAUGCGUUGGUGAAUGAAGGAAAUGUUAGAGUCAUGACUAGAGAACUACUCUCGUUUUUGGAAGUGGCAGAUAACGAGUUCAAACUUGGAAUGACCACUCAAAUUUGUUUAGGAGCGGAAAGAUUUGCCCCUAACAAGCGAUGGCAGAUCGAUACGGUGUUGAGAGUCCUGAAGCUGGCUGGAAAUUAUGUCCGCGAGGAAAUUCUAGCUGCCUUCAUUCGACUGACGUGCCACACACCCGAACUUCAAUUCUACACUGCACAACGAUUAUAUGCCGCCUUAUCCAGCGACCUCUCGCAGGAGAGUCUAACUCUUGCUGCUGUGUGGAUCAUUGGUGAAUUUGGUGAUGUGCUGUUACAAGGUGGUUCUAUCGAUGACGGCGAGGAAGUCAAACAGGUCAACGAUACAGAUAUAAUUGAUUUACUUCAGCUUGUUCUCUCAUCACCAUAUACAAACACCUUGAUUCGACAAUUCGUCUUAACGGCUCUUUCCAAAUUAUCAGUUCGGUUCGCAGAAUUGUCGACUCCAAACCAAUCGACAAACCAAGAUCGUAUCGCUGAGAUAUUAGCCAACUUUUCAAGUAACUUGGAAUUAGAAAUUCAACAGAGAUCCGUAGAAUUCGGUAGUUUACUCGGAUUGAGAGAUGUCAAAAUGGGCGUACUGGAAAGAAUGCCUCCUCCUGAAAUCAGAACUACCAUGAUGGGUACUGUGAGCGAACGUAAACCCGUUGGAUCAACACGAACCGACAAAGAUACAGUCGUGGAUCUAAUAGGAGACGAUAUAACUGCUUCACCAAACGAUGCUUCAUCGUCAUCAUCAGGACCAUCAACUCAAGAUCUUUUAGCUGAUAUAUUCGGAACUGGAUCUUCUGAUUUAUCUUCACCUUCAACGACACCUGCACCUAAUGGACAAGCUCAGACCAGAUCAGCAGCAGCAGAUAUAAUGUCACUAUUUGAAAAUACUCCGACAUCAGCGCCCACUUCAAAUCAACCGACAUCCAUCUCUUCUCCUCCUGUGCAAUCGUCUUCAGGAACAGGAUCAUUAUUCGAUCUUGUUACUCCAUCCUCAUCGGCUUCAGCUCCUGCCGCUCCUCCACCUCAACUUCAAUCUCAAGCUAAACAAUUACAAACCUAUACUGCAUACGAGAAAAACGGAUUGAGAAUCACUUUGACACCGAAAGUAGCACCAAACCAACCUGGAGUCAUACAAAUCCUAGCUAGAUUCCAAGCUACUUCAGGAGAAAGUGUAGGUAGUGUGAAUUUUCAAGUAGCAGUACCUAAAACACAACAACUACAAAUGCAAGCUAUGUCUUCGACUGAAAUAUCUUCUGGUUCAACUGAAACUCAACAAAUGAGAAUACAUGCUCCUGCAGGUGCUUCAAUAAGAUUACGAAUGCGAAUCUCAUAUACCAAGAAUGGUCAAAAUGUUACUGAUCAACAAGAUUUCGCUGGUUUCCCAGCUGAUUUGACUGGUUCAAAGUAG